AUGGGUCUAUAUUGUCAGUUGUGCCAUGCAGUUGAUGUAUAUAAUCACUUUGUAUUGUCGUUUGUGAAACAACUCAUGAUCUGUGUGACCUGUAUGUAUGAGAAAAAAGAAAGUAAGAGCUAUCGGAACCUUAUUUCAGAGAAAUGGCACCACUGUGCCCGAGUUGAAAUGAAAACUCUCCAGUGGAAUUUGAGAAGAAGUGAAUGUUUAAAUGAUUUUUGGGAAUUAGAAAAGGUCUUCCUGAAGACUUGGUAUCGGAGAGGAAUGAAAGAAAAUGUAAACCAAGUAAUAUGCUUCCCAGACUGGCAUAAAGUGCAGUCUUCACUGUAUUUGCGGAAGCGGGCAAGAAAAUAUGAAGGAGAAUGUGUGUGUAACUGCAUCAGGUCAUCAUGGGCGGGCCAGAAUUAUUGGUAUUAUGAUAUUUUGAAAGUUGUAAUGUCACUUAGUAAGAUGAACAUACUCCAACAGGUGAGGUUGGACUCUGGUGAUAAGAGCUUAGUUAAGAGAGGACUUACAGGAAAUCUUGACACUCAGGAAAGUUCUUGUAAAAAACACCUAUGCUCCAUCUGUGGAUAUACAUCUAAUGAAACCACAACCUUUAAAAGACAUUUGCGCACACAUACUGGAGAAAAGCCUUUUCUCUGUCCACACUGCUCUGUUCGGACAACACGAAAAGCAUCACUCCUGUCUCAUAUGCUUAGUCAUACUGGAGAAAAACCGUAUUCUUGUCAUUAUUGUCCGUAUGAGUCGAGGCAAAAGGGCAAUUUAAUCAGGCAUAUGAAGAUACAUCAAGGGCAGAGUGUUCAUCAUCCUUUGUCAAGUCUUGGUGAUACUUAA